GUCAACCCCGGCGUUCACAUCUACGUCUACCGCUUCAACAAGAUCGAGUUCGGUGGGACUUGCUACUGCGAGCGGCAGCUGUGGCGCACGCCGCCGAGAGAGGCCGAAGAGACCCCCACGCACGUCGUGAGGCAUGCUGGAGUUCAGCGGUCACUACGCCUUGAUCCACAACUUCAAUGCCUUUUACGGAUCCCAGGGCGUCUCCAUGGAGGGCUCCAGGAAGAAGAGCCACAAGAGCGCGUUCACCUGCCCUCGCUGCCGAGCCAACUUCAACACGGCUGCCAACCUGGAGAAGCAUCAGGAGAUGUCCUGCCACUGGGACCCUUCGAGGCGCGUGACGCCGCUCAGGAUGCCCGAUCCGCAGAAGUGGGGCAACUCCUGCGGUACAAGACCAGCGCCUCUGCAGAACUGAGUCCGCUCACCUUCUACGCAGACCUCGAAGUUUCAUCAGAUCGACCACCGUCGGAGGCCGUGGAGCGGAUCACGCACAGGCUCCAGCGGCGAGUAGCCUCAGCAGCCUACUUGUCGGUGGGACACAAUGGCUACCUGCCCUCUCGGCGCUGCUGGUUGGAUGUGAUGCGAGCUGAGGAUGGUCCAUACGCCGUCGUGGAGCGCUUUCUCACAAGCUUGCUGCGC